AGGAGGGGGGGUAUAUUUUAUUGGUACUCUCCAUCUAACGUCAGUGCUAUUAACCCUCCAGCUCCCAGGGACCUAGCCUGGCAAGCAGGGCAUCACAGCAUCUCUCCCAGGAAGGGGUUAACCAGCAGCUGGUCCUGCAGACAGUGAUUGGCACAGAGCAGGCUGGGCCCCCAGGGACCACUCACACUCUAUUACCUGCAUUCCCUGUAACUGGCCAUUUACUGGGCUCCAUUAGCCGGAUUUACUGCCCCAGCCCGGGCUCCAGGGAGGAUGGACAGCAUUUAACACAUGCAGGGACACACUGGGCUACUGGCUGCACACAGGCACUAGCCAGAAGCAAUGGGAAAGCUGGAGUAAUACAAACUGUGCUGGGUCCUUCUGCCAACUAACAAGGCGGGAUGGGGGUGCUGAUGUCCAAGAGGCAGACAGUGGAGCAGGUGCAGAAAGUCAGCAUUGCUGUGUCUGCUUUCAAAGAUGGACUGAAGGAACGUCCACUAAGCAAGAGGAAGUCUGAGGGUUGCAUCAGGAAGGGAAGCAAAGCUGACAUGUUGGAUCAGGUGCUGGAAGAAGAUAAGGAUGAUGAUGGUUCUAACAAUGCAUCUCCUUGCCAAUCUCAACCUCGACCAGAGAACCCUAUAAACCGAGCUGCCUGGGAAAGACUACGGGAUGGGCGAGGGGUGGAACCGGAAGAGUUUAAUAAAACCAGCCGAUUCACCCCACCAGCUUUCAUCAGGCCAACCAGGGCUCUCAAUGAUGAUGACCCAGUAGAAAUUAGCUUGGAGCAACGCGAUGAGAUCAUCAAUGACGAGAUGUGUGAUAUCUGUGAAGUAUGGACCGCUGAAAGCCUUUAUCCUUGUCGAGUCUGCUCCAGAGUGUUCCACGAUGGCUGUCUAAGCCGAAUGGGAUAUCUGCGCAAUGACAAUGGACUGGAGGUGACCGAGAUGGCGCACACAGAAAUCGGUUGGAGUUGUUACUAUUGUGACAAUCUGAACUUGCUACUCACAGAGGAGGAGAUGUACAGCUUGAUGGAGACGUUCAGUCAAUGCAAGGUUAUACCAGAGUGCCCACUGACCCUGGAUGACUUCCUGCAUUACAAACACCUGGUGAACCGGCGCAUGCAGGAGAAACAGCUGAGCGAUGAGCUGGAGGAACAGGCCACUCUGCAGUUCUCAUCCAUGGACAGUGAGAAGAAAGGACAAAUCGAAUGGGCAGAUUUCCUCUCCCAUGAAUCCAUAUGUCUGCUGCAAAAGUUACGCUCACAAAAUUCUCUGCUGCGGUUGCUGACGCCUAAAGAGAGGGAGCGAGCACGCACUACCUUCGUAUCGCUUGACCAGGACAGUGACCGUCUGAUUGGGAGCAGUGAGUGUCGGAGGGUACAACACAGUUGGUUCUGCAAACAGUCUAAAGAAACAGCCUCAUGUAAUGUCAGUAUCAGCCAUGUUGGACCCAUGUCCGAGAGUAGCCCAGCAAGCAGCACCAGUGGAAAAAGCCAAGAAAAGACCAACCUGACCACAGAGCCAGAAGAAAUCAGACAAGUGAACUGGGACACAUUCAUUAAGGAGAAUGUGGUCUACAUACUUGCUGCUCGUCCAAAUAGCCCGGCCAUCCACCUAAAGCCAUUGGUAUAAUAUGGCCAUGAGCGACUGAGAUAUCGCCCAAUGUAUAUAUCAUAAGAUGGAGAAGAUGAGAACUGAAAUAUACUCUGUUAUUACUGGCUGGACGGAAGUGUACUCUGUGAUGAUUGACUGAUCUAGUGGAGCUGAAAAUGGCCAUGUAGCAUUUUCUUUUGUCAGCCACAGUAAUGUCUUCCCUGAUAAAACCGGAACGACUAUACAUUUUUAAUAGUCAACAAUCUCCAUGCUAUAUACGUAAAAAAAAUAUGUAAAUAUAAGGAACGAAACUCUGCUGAACCUAGAAGACAGAAUGUAACCAUUAUUAAAACCUGAAUAUCAUGCCCAACCUAUCGGUAGUUAUCAUAAGACGGAACGGGUGCCAAAGAGCGGGCAUUCUUAAAAAAAUUAAACAAGAGCCAACUUGCUGUAGCACAAAUAAUGUGUGACUGUAGCUAUCACAUCUCGGUCACCAGUAGUAGCUCUUUAUCUGUGAACUGCAAAUAACAAUGUUUUGGAAAAUGUUUAAAAAAUAAUAAUCUAAGAUGGUUAGUUUAGUUGGCAAGUUUUAUCUUUUUCAGAUACUGCAGUUUUCAUGACCGGUUUGUAAUCACUAAGCUACUACGAAAUCACAAAGAUUCACCAAAUAAUUGCUAGGCAUACAUUUAUCGGCAAAGUUGCGACUUCAGUAUAUCAUGUCAUUUUUUCGCAACAUCCGAUUAAUGAACAUAUCUCCAUAUUAAUUACCUCUGCUUCAGAGAUUUCAAUGAUGUACUCUAUCAAAGUGUGAGUCGAGGUCCUUGCAAAGUGGCAGCAUUUGGUUUGAUGUAGGUUCUAAUAUUUGUAUGUUACAUUAUAAUUUAGGCUUC